AUGAAGUUAGGACUGGGACAUACAAGCAACUCUUUCACCCUGAACAACUCGUAUCUGGUAAAGAAGAUGCUGCAAAUAACUAUGCUCGAGGUCAUUACACAGUUGGGAAAGAGAUAAUUGAUUUAGUUCUGGAGAGUAUCAGGAAACUGGCUGACCAAUGCACUGGCUUGCAGGGUUUCCUGAUUUUCCACAGCUCUGGGGGAGGCACCAGCUCAGGUUUUACUUCUCUGCUGAUGGAAUGCUUGUCAGUUGACUAUGGGAAAAAAUCAAAGUUGGAAUUUGCCAUCUACCUGGCCCCACAGGUCUCCACAGCUGUCGUGGAGCCCUACAACUCCAUCCUCACCACCCACACCACCCUGGAGCACUCCGACUGCGCCUUCAUGGUGGACAUCGAGGCCAUCUACGACAUCUGCUGCUGCAACCUGGACAUGGAGCACCCCACCUACCCCAACCUCAGCCCCCUCCUCGGCCAGACCGUCUCCUCCAUCAGCUCCCUCGGGUUUGAUGGCGCCUUAAACGUGGAUCUGACCCAAUUCCAGACAAACUUGGUCCCCUGCCCUCGCAUCCACUUCCCUGGUGACGUACACCCGAUUAUCAGCAGAGGGCUUUACCACGAGCAGCCCUCAGUGGCUGAGAUCACCAGCGCCUGCCUCGAGCCACCCAACCUGAUGAAGUGUGACCCCUGCCACAGCACGUACCCAGCCUGCUGCCUGCCCUGCGGGGCUGUGGGGCCCAAGGAUGUCAACGCCGCCGUCAGAGCCAAGCACAGCAUCCAGUUCAUGGACUGGUGCCCCACAGGCCUCAAG